AUGUUCUCUUUUUUCAUCAUCUUCUUCUUCAUCCUACCAUUCUGUCUCAUAUUUCAUUUCUUCUCUCCCGGCAAAGGCCCAACCCAUUCACAUACCACCGAGCCUUCGUCCUCCAAUUCCGCCAAAUGGGUCACAUUUUCUAGUGACAAAGGAGACGACCCGAAUCCCGAUCCAAACCGGCCGGGUCCGAGUGAGAAGAAGAAGAAAAAGAAGAAGAAGAAAAUGAACUCAGCGGGGGAAGAUGAUGCACGUGAUAAGCGUGAGGAUGACGUGGAAAUAGAGAAUUCGGAUUUGGGUAUUGGAUCCGAACCGGGUUCUUUGUACCCGUUUAACUCUUCAAUGAGUCUUGUAAAGAUUAAAGAGCAAUAUGAAAAGCUCGUGAAUUGCAACGAGUCCAAGGACUUGAAACUCGACCAGGUUCUACCGUUUGCUGACUGUUUGGUUGAUGUUAGGAAUAAGCUACAGAACAAGGCUGAAGAGCUAGAAGGGUCCUUUUCAGUAACAAAGGCAAUGUUCCCAUCAGGCAGAGGUUAUGAACUGCGUCAGAGCAAGCUUGAAUUGGAGCAAAAACAAUUAGAAGAGGAUGUUUCUGUUUAUAACUGGCUUCAACAGCAGCUUAAAGAAUUACCAGCAUUCAAGAAGAUGCUUGAAAUUGGAGCUUACGUUGAGAAUGCAAAAUCAUUUGAGUUGAAAGACAUAGUAGAUGAACCCGCUGAAAUUUCUUUUCAAGAACUUUUAGAACGAGAAAAGAAGGAUUUAUUUUGGCAGAAAAGAGGGAAAUUGAAACUGGGGUCAAGCCAAUGA